AUGGACCUCGACACCGCCAGCCAGAGUCUCUCUCCUGCCGCAGCAUCCCACCAUCCGAAUCUAAAGCUUCCCACGAAUUGCGAUCCGCCUUCCGAACACAACCCGCCGAAGCAAGCCUCAUGGAUUGUUUUUGGCGCGACCGGCCACAUGGGGCGAUCCUUAGUUCGAGCAGUUCUGUCCCACGGUGACCAAUGUACCGCAGUAGGCUGGACCCAGGAGAACACGGUGGGGCAGAUGGAGAAAUGGCAGGAAAGGAAUUGCUUGGGACUGCUGUGCGACGUGCGGGUAAGGGAGACGGUAGACAACGUAAUCAAGAGAAGCAUCGAGCACUGGGGACAAGUCGAUGUCAUUGCAAAUUGCACUGGCUACGGUGUAAUCGCAUCAUGCGAAGACCAGGACGACUACGACCUCCGUAACCAAUUCAACACCAACUUCCUCGGCACCCUCCACAUUAUCCAACUCUCCCUCCCACACUUCCGCGCCCAGAAUCACGGUCGGUACCUAAUCUUCUCCUCCACAGCCGGCGCCCUCGGCGUCCCCGGUCUCGGUCCUUACUGCGCAACAAAGUACGCCGUCGAGGGGCUCAUAGAAUCCAUGCUGUACGAAAUCGAUGUUUUCAACAUAAAAGCCACCCUUGUUGAGCCAGGGCAUGUCAGGCUUGACGAGCCUGACGACAACAUAAUUCCAUCUAACUACACCACCGCAGGAGCAGGACCGCCUAAGCCGAAGAGAUAUGGGCAUUUCUGGGUGAAGCCGAACCCAAGCGAGCCAUACAAUACACCUACGAGUCCUGCCGGGCAUGCAAAGAGGAUGAUUCAAUGGCUGAAUGAUAGACAGCCAGUGAGCGCGGUGAAGAGCGCGGAGUUAAUAUGGCAGCUGGGACAUUGUAGCUAUCCGCCGCUGAGGCUACUGUUAGGGAGUUAUGCGGUGGAGAGCGUAAGGGAUCGUCUGAGGAGUAUUAUUGAAGAAAUCGAGGAUUGGAAGCACCUGUCCUUUCCGGUGGCUGUGCCACCUGACGAAACUAGCGCUUCCGAGAAGGGCAAACAGGGUGACAACGAGCAAGAGCAAGAUGAACAACAAGAGAAUGAGUGA